AUGACCUUCAGCAGCAGUGAGCCCGUGGAGAUGGAGGCCCUGGUGGACACCGACCCCUUGUUGGACGACGCGCAGAGGCCUCCGGGCCGCCAGUGCCUUCCUCGCCGCCGUGCCCCUGAGCCAGGCGGGCAAGGUUUUGGCUUCAGGCUGUUCCAUCGCAAGCCCUCCACUCCGUGUGCCUUUGGCGCCCCCUACCGCCCUCUCCGCGACCCGCUGCGCGCAGAUCGCGUGGCAGAGGAGCCAGUGGAAGACACAGACCCUAGCACUCUGUCCUUCGCUGUGUCAGACAAAUAUCCUAUUCAAGACACGGGACUCCCUAAAGUUGAAGAGUGUGAGCCGAUUCCUUUGAACUGCGCAACAAAUUCUGAUGUGCACCAUCAGGGAGAAGAACACGGCUUUGCGGACAGUACUGGAGACCCCCUUGCAGAUGUAAGCAAGGUCGAGUCCUGCCAGGACAACUGCACCUGCUCCUCCUGCUUGCUCCGGGCCCCCACCAUCAGUGACCUGCUCAAUGACCAGGACUUGCUCGACGUGAUCAGGAUAAAGCUGGACCCGUGUCACCCGACAGUGAAAAACUGGAGGAAUUUUGCCAGCAAGUGGGGCAUGCCCUUCGACGAGCUGUACUUCCUGGAGCAGAGGCCCCAGAGCCCCACCCUGGAGUUCCUGCUCCGGAACAGCCAGAGGACGGUGGGCCAGCUGAUGGAGCUCUGCAGGCUGUACCACCGCGCCGACGUGGAGCGCGUGCUGCGCAGGUGGGUGGACGAGGAGUGGCCCAAGCGGGGGCGUGGAGACCACCCCAGGAACUUCUAGACCUCUGCUCCUCUCGGCCUCUUUGAACAUUGAAACAGCCCAGGCCAGGGAGCAAUGUGAAUCUGUUCUUUUUCAAGAUUUUAGGGUAAUGACGUGGAACAGUGGACACUGGUUUUCCCCAAGCUGAUGGUUUUGGGGAGGGGUAGGUUAUGUUUUGGUGGCGGAUUUUCGUUUGUUUAAUUUUGCACAUGUUUUAAUUUAAUAUUUGAAUCUGGAAUUGGGAGAAAUAUUUUGUAGGCCACAGCCUACCAUCAGAAUGGAUUCAUGCCGUGAUGAAAAUAAAAUUAUCCUCUCCCAAAAUUCUGCCGACAAUUGAAGUAGGAACUCAGACUGUGACGGCCCCAAGCAGUCCUUGUCCGUAGGCUCCUUCACGGCCAGUGGCCCACGGCUCAGAAGAAAACAGCGAGAAGUUAGCCUGGUGGGUCUGUGUGUUACUUUUUGUUAUAAAGUUCCCGGUGAAUUAUGUGGUGAUACCUUUCAGAACACAGGUGCCCUCUUUUUAUUCAAAUGCCUUUAUCAUCUGUGCACUAUCAAAAUGUCAUUUGCUCGAGUACUUUUGAGAGCAGUACAAAAAUGGAUGGUCGUUGGGAGGGCAGAGUCAGGAGUUCUUGGGUAAAAGGAACGUGGGAUGUCGGACUCGUGUUGACGAGAGGACGCAGAAUGCCCUUUGGUCACCCAUGGCUUUAAAAAAUUCGCUUAAAAUUUACUUUUACAUUUUUUACGUAAGGUUGGCCGUCUCACCCCUGAGAUGAAGCUCUGUUAAUAAAGAAAUACAAAUCACCUGGCCCGUA